GUGCGGAAUGGUGUUGGGGACCAUGCUAAGCCCGUCUGGUACAGCUAGCAUUUCAGACUGUCCAGGUGAACAGGUGCAUGUGACCGUGCAGCCUCGGUCAGUCAAGCGGAAAUAGACGGUGUCCUACAUACACAUACAAGUUGACAAGACAGACUACAUUCAAAGAUGGGAAAUCUGAGAAUGGGUACCAAGUUUCGCACCACAAUGGAGGUGUUUUCGGGCUUGUUCGUUGGCUUUUGGCUUAUGUUGAUGUUCAACACGCCGCCUAGACCAACUGCUCGGAACUGCACCUUGCCCAUCACCAGAACUCAGAGCUUUCAUCAGGGAGAUUUCGCAAAAUUUCAAGAGAAAAAACGUAUCUCCAUCCCAAAACACCAUCCAGGUCAUAUUUAUAUCGGAAUUUUGACAGCAAAGAAAUAUUUAAAAUCACGAGGUGUGCCAGCCUAUGAAACAUGGGGUAAACAAGUUCCUGGAAAAGUAGAGUUCUUCUCCGCCUACGACCCCAAACCUCAGAUUCCCGGAGGAAUCCCGGUCGUCUCCAACAUUCCCGGAAUCGACGACACCUACCCGCCACAGAAGAAGUCCUUCCUUAUGCUGAAGUACAUGCACGACUUCUACAUCGACGACUAUGAUUGGUUCAUCCGGGCUGAUGAUGACGUUUUCAUCCGUGUGGACAAACUACAGAAGUUCUUACGUUCGGUGAAUUCCAGUGAACCUUUUUACAUCGGACAGUCUGGAACGGGUAAAGAACACGAAGUCGGAAAGUUAGGCUUGGGCCCGGGCGAUAACUACUGCAUGGGCGGGCCUGGAGUGAUCAUGAGCCGAGAGACACUCCGACGAAUCGCCCCGUACAUUUCCCACUGCUUGAAGAACCUGUACUCCCCGCACGAAGACGUGGAGAUAGGCAGGUGCAUCAAACGGUUCGCGAAUGUCUCCUGUACCCGAUCUGCCGACAGUGAACGUAUAUUUUACAACGACUACAACAGCUACCAAAGAGGUAGCGUAGGGCACCUGAGAUCCAGUUUGAUUAAACAGGUCAUCACUCUACAUCCAAACAAAAAUUCAAAGGAUCAGUACAGGCUCCAUACCUACUUCUUAGCCCUCAAACUUGAAGCAUUGCAGAAACGGACAUUGGAACUUUUUCGUACUAUCGGUAUCGGUUACAUGAGUAGUAGUGAGAUUCCAGAGAGACAGUCGUCUGAUCAAGCCUCCGAUGGGAGAGAAAGACCGUCGACGCCCUCUAUCGGCUACAAACCGAAAGACAUCAAAGGCGUCAUGGCAUGGGAAUACUUUACACGCAGAAGGAUGCAUGGAUACCUAGCUAGAGAAACUACCAGAAGAUUUAUCGAUCUCCUGAGGUCACGGAUAAAGGAGGCAUCAAUGACGGUGUCCGACAUUGUGAAUAAAGCAUCCCGUAAGGAGCGCCGUAGGGUCCAGGUCUACGACUUACAGCACGGAUAUUGGCAAAUGAGCCCUCUCCAUGGACUGAGCUACGUCCUUUAUUCGUCUCUCCUGAUUCGAGAAUCUCGCAACCGCAAAAGGAAAACGUUUGCAAAUAAGAGGCAGGAUUGUUUCCGACAGUCGUUUGGGCGCGCAGUGUUGAUGGAAGAUUCUGUGGGUAAACAACACAAAACUGUUGUUACACCGCCGCAGCAGCUAGUAAUGUCGUCAUCACCCUCUUUCCCUCGCGAGGACACGCCCACAGUUCACGUCGUCGUCCCAUUGGUCGGUCGGAUGAAGAUAUUUGAAAGGUUCAUGCGGAACUAUGAAAAGGUCUGUCUCCAAACUAAAGAGAAUGUCAAACUGCUAGUGGUGUUAUUUAAACACGACGAUCCUUCGAAAGACGAAAGCCUACACGUUCAAUUGCUGAUAGCGUUCUACAAAAUGAAGUAUCCCAAAGCUUACUUGGAAGUACUGACUGCCAAGGGAGAAUUUUCCCGCGGAAUUGGGCUACAGAUGGGAGCCUCUCACUUUGACAGAAAUGCCCUUCUUUUCUUUUGUGACGUUGACCUGGUCUUCCCACAGAGUUUUCUCCAACGGUGCCGUUCCAGAACCGUUGCCAAAAAACAGGUGUACUACCCUGUGAUGUUCAGUCAGUACGAUCCGCAGUUUGCUUACGGUGGCCAAUCAAAUACAAGAACGUUAUCUCCACAAACCAAUCAAAAGCUUCUGACCAACCAGUCAGCAUUUAACAGUGAGAAAAAUAUGGACGAUUCGUACCAGUUUAGCAAAGAUUCAGGGUACUGGAGACACUAUAGCUACGGGAUGGUCUGCGUUUACAAGGAAGACUUCUUUCGUUCGGGAAAAUUUGAUACGGCCAUCAAAGGCUGGGGUUUGGAAGAUCUGGACCUGUGUGAUAAACUCGCAGCUAGCGGAAUGAAUGUAUUUCGCGCGACCGACCCAGGGUUGGUUCAUGUCUAUCACCCCAUGCAUUGCGAUCCUAAGCUUAGGACAAGACAAUACAACAUGUGCUUAGGGUCGAAAGCUAAUACAUACGGCAGUGCCGCUAAACUAGGAGAAAAAUUGCUGGAAUUGAAGAAAAAAGACAGGACGCUACCCUACCAGUGCUCUAAGAAAGACGAAGAAAUGAUUCGAUUCGGUGUAAAUAUGUCGACGAAGACCCGAAAAACGGUGUCGUUCAUUUUAGGAGUCGUCAUCGGGUUUGGGAUUAUGUUAACAAUCAAGACCCAACUCCGAGGCAAACAUGUGGGAUGUCCUGCAUUUUCUACAUCAGAACACACGCCCGGCGUCCCCGUACAAGGUCGACAAGCAGGCAACAGGCCAGCACUUCACAAACAUAAGGAGAAUCAUAUCUAUAUUGGCGUCAUAGCUGCAAGAAAGUAUCUGGACUCAAGAGCCGUGGCAGCCUACGAAACUUGGGGUAAACAAGUUCCGGGAAAAGUAGAAUUCUUCUCCGCCUACGACCCCAAACCUCAGAUUCCCGGAGGAAUCCCGGUCGUGUCCAACAUUCCCGGAAUCGACGACACCUACCCGCCACAGAAGAAGUCCUUCCUGAUGCUGAAGUACAUGCACGACUUCUACAUCGACGACUACGAUUGGUUCAUCCGAGCAGAUGAUGACGUUUACAUCCGCGUGGACAAACUACAGAAGUUCUUACGUUCGGUGAAUUCCAGUGAACUACUUUACAUCGGACAGCCGGGAUUUGGGAAGGACGAUGAGUUCGGUAGACUGGGGUUACGUGACGAUGAGAACUACUGUAUGGGCGGUCCUGGGAUGAUCAUGAGCCGAGAGGUCCUGAGGCGAGUGGUGCCUCACAUCUCCAGGUGUUUGAAAAACCUGUACUCAUCUCACGAAGAUGUGGAGAUCGGACGGUGCAUCACAAAGUUUGCGGGUGUUGACUGCACGUGGGCAUAUGACAGUAGAGAUAUAUUUUUUAACGACUACAAACACUAUCAUACGGGUCGAAUAGAGGAACUGAGGACCUCUGUUAUCAACCGUGCAAUCACCCUGCAUCCCAACAAAAGACCAGAGUACCAGUACAAGCUCCAUAACACGUUUCUGUCCAUGAAGUUGGUCGACUUGAGGGAACGCGUUCUCGCGCUUUAUCGCGAGAGUAGUAGCAUGAGCAGUCUCCUCCGGCAGCCACCCAGGGGUUUGGUCUCGACCCUUGGAAAACGACCGUCUUUUACCAGAUAUAGACCAAGACAUGUCAGCGACGUUCCAGUGUGGGAAUAUUUCACCAGGACGACAUCGUACGAGUAUGCAGCAAAGAAUGGCCAGCCAUCUAGAGGAAUCUCCAAGCCCAUCAAGGAGGCAAUCGACGGUGCAAUGCAGAAGGUGAUAGAAAACAUCAACGCAGGAUCUGCACGAUCACGUCGCAGUGUGAAGUACAACGAUCUAAAGUACGGCUACUGGCAGGUCAACCCACAGGAAGGCGUGCGCUACCUGCUCCAUUCUUACCUCACUCUCCGAGAGUAUCACCGGUACCACGCCAGGAGAACGCUCACCGUCAGGAAGCAAGUGGUCGUCCAGCAGGCCUUCCAACCCGUCGAAUUCGCUGAAGAUGACAAUUCAAGGCCACAAAACAGUUUCAAUCACGAGAAUUUGAAUUCAAAGACAUUUGACGAUGCGACCGUUCACAUCAUAGUACCGCUGACGGGUAGAACAACGACUUUUGAGAGGUUCAUUAGCAGUUACGAAAAGGUUUGUCUACAGACAAACGAGAAUGCGAAGCUUCUGAUAGUCUUAUUCAAGGAUCCAAACGAAGCGGAACAUGAGAGUGAACAGGUUCAGCAACGCAUCUCUACGUACCAGGUGAAAUAUCCUGAAGCUUACAUCAAAGUCGUCGCCGUAGAGAGGGAGUUUUCUCGUGGGCUUGCGUUGGACAUAGGGGCGUCUCAGUUCUCCAACAAUUCUUUGUUUUUCUUCUGUGACGUGGACAUUGUCUUUAAACAGGGCGUUCUACAACGCUGCCGCUCCAGAACUAUAGCAGGUGAACAGGUCUACUACCCUGUGAUGUUCAGCCAAUACGAUCCGCAUAUUGUUUACGGCGACCAAUCAAAUGCAAGCACGUCACCAAUUAAACUCCACCCACAACUUCUGACACAACAGUCUUCACCAAUCAGCAAGGACAUAAGAAAUAAUUUUUAUUACCAUUUUAGCAAGGAUUCUGGAUAUUGGAGGCACAGUAGCUACGGGAUGGUUUGUCUUUCUGGAGAGGACUUCUUGCGUUCCGGAAAAUUUGAUCUGACGAUUAGGGGUUGGGGGUUAGAAGAUCUGGACCUCUUCAACGGGUUAUUAGUCAGUGGGAUGAAGAUAUUUCGUGUGACUGACCCCGGGUUAGUCCAUGUGUACCAUCCUGUCCACUGUGAUCCUGAACUACCGCAGAGACAAUACCAGAUGUGCCUGGGAUCUAAAGCUAAUACGUACGGUAGUACUGUCGAGCUAGUCAGAAGAUGGCAGGACAUUCAAUCAAGGGGAUUAACAUGAACAAUGCCUUCAAAUGAGGUACCAAACUAACAAUUACUCAAGCAACUGGAAGAUAGAAUCCAUUACGUUUCGUUAGUAGAUUAAUAAAGAUUUUAAUAAAAACAGCACCGAUCAUAUUCU